CGGCCGCGGGGGUGCGUGCACGCGUGGCCGGCCCCGCCUCCGUCCCGGAGCAGAUGCGGGGCAACCCCACGCUUGGUCGUCUCCGGCCCUGUCUCCCCGCACCUUUUUCCUCUCGUAAGCCCCGUCCCUAGCCCAGGGACACAUGGCAUGGGGGGGGGGGGGGCCUGCGCGCACACGGGCCUCCCCCAGGCCUCGGCUCCUUCUAGCCGUCCCCGCGCUUCUCCGGACGCCUGGGGCCUCUCUUCCAGGGGCCUGGAAGUUGCCUGAAUGCUGCAGCCCCCAGGGAGUCUCUUAGCCACGGCGGGGCGGGGCGCCUUGCUGGCUGCUGCCCUUCUGGAAGCGGAAGCCAACACGGAGGCCAUCCCUGCUCGCAGUUUCCAUUUGACUUGGUGGUGGAGAACGUUCAGGGUCCCCAGUAAGAGAGGACAGAGUACAGACCGACCAGGAAAUGCAGGACUUAAAUCAGUCAUGGCUGCAACGUACGCCUCCAUCCAGAAGCGAGGUCACGCUCCAACACCAGGAGCAGCCUGUGACCCUACAGAAGCCGAGCUCGAGGGGGCUGUGUACAGCACCGUCAAGCCCAGGGCCCUGCGGGGAGCAUCUGGGACCCUCACGGAAUACACUGCAGUGGCCUCGGAGAGCCCAGCAUGCUCUUCACCAGGUUCUGGGAGGCCCCUGCUGUCCCUGGUCGUUGCCCCCAGCACUGCACGGAAAGCAAGCACCCCCUCCAGGAACUGCCCUGGGCCAGAGGCCUAUGAGGACGUGACAGACACUGCAGUUCCAGGCCUGGGUCCCAGCGGCCUCCAGCCCAGCAGCAGUCUUGGUUUCAACAUUCGAAUUGGGAAACCAAAAGGUCCCCGGGAUCCUCCAGCUGAGUGGACUCGAAUGUAGGAAGCCUGUGACGGAUUCCUGCCCAUCUGCCUGAAGGCUGGGCCCGACUAAGGCAGCUUCAGCUCUGGUCCAUUAGGCACAUACAGAGGGGGGGCAGGUGGGCAGCCAAACAAGUUCCCUUUCCCAAUAAAGUUUUCCCCAUCUUG